AUCGAUUCGUUUGAGAGAACGAAGAUACUAGGUCGCAAACAUGCUGAAAGACAGGAUCAAAUACGCCAUGGGCCAUUUGUCCCACAAACAGUACGUUUCUCUAUUGGCGAAGCCUAACUGGCGACGAAUUCAAACGAGGAACGUGCAUAUUCUGGCGGAUCCUUACGGCAUUCGGCGGUCAGCGUUGAGGGGGCGCGCCUCGAAGAGAAUCAAAGCGAUGGCGCGACCGAAACACGUUACCAAAAAACACGAUCCAACGGAAGUACCAGCACCGUACGCGCGGAUCCAUCCGAAAACGCUCGCGGCCAAAGCCACGAAACGCAUCCAGGACUUGGCGCUCCCUACAAAGAGAUUGCUGUUGGCGAACAUGCGGAUCUUCCCCAGUAGCAGCGGCAACAUAGCCGAGACACUCUGGAAGGUUCAGAACUCACGGUAUCGGAGAUAUCGAUUCUUCUGCAACGCCAGGCAACAGCGAGAGAUGAGGAAGAAGCAAAAGAUAAUGGCGAAAUUGCGUCGGGCGAUCAAGCCGGAACAGUGGGAUCAACACGUGGAGUUGCUGGAGAUACUGGCCGCUCCCAAGGUCCCGCCCAAGCCUAGAUUCCCUAGAAAGAGGAGAUGGCGGCCGGUGAACAUGCGGAGGAUCGAGGAACUGUCGACGCCGGUGACGAGGGAGAUGCCACGUGCCAGGGACCCGUUCAAAGUCGCCAGAACCGCACUCACAUACAAGAUCAGCAAACGUACACAGAAGAUCGCGUACUCGAAGACGAUGGCGGAGAUUACACCGCCGCGGAUCCUCGGCGCGGUUUCACCGGCGGCGCUGAGGGCCGUAGCUUCUCCGAGGACGGUGACCCUGGCGAAGCCAGUCGAAAGGCCCGCAGGCAUAGAAACGGACCUCCGAGAAGACGCGUUCACCGUUUCGCCGAUGGCGUUAAAGGCCAAGUGCUCGAAGCGACUAAAAUUUCUCGCCAGACCCAAGAGGAGGAGGUGAGCUCCAAAUUGGCAGUGAUCGCCCCCUUGGGGACAAUCGCGCAUGACUUUCUUUUUCUCCGUUCUAAUGUCA